CGCCAAGUCGGCACGCCCAAAGUAAGGAUUUGAACGAACGAUAUUUUUCCCAUGAAGGCGCGAGGAUGAGAAGCAGAACUUUUAGUCGUCUAUUCCUAUCCUUGUUUGUCGUGGGUAAUAAUAGUAAUCUUUAAAUAGGUCAUUCCAAUAUUUGCCAGUGUUAGUAAACAUAAUCUCAGCGGCAUUUCCUAAACAACUUUGUUUGGAUAAACUGUUGCUUCCGCGUCAGAUGCGAAGAUUUAUCUGGCAGCAAUUUGACUAAAAGUUGCCAGGCGAGCGUUAUCGUCAGUUUGGUUAACUAGCUGACUUUGACUCACUGGGAUGGCCACAAGGAAACCCCAGGAAAGCGAUGCCACCCUUCCGUUUGCUGCUCUUCAGAUGCUGGCCCCACCUGUGCGUCUGGUGUCUGCAGCUCUCUGGAAGGUGAUGAAGCAGAGGGAUGUGAUGCAGUAUGGGGUUGUGGAGGAGUUUGUAACGUCGACCUGUGAGACAACUCCUGGGCUGCUCACCGUGAGGCACCAGGGCAGGCUGGCACUGGGGCUGAGAGCACGGCUAAUAUUGGAGUUGUGCUGUACACAGCCUGAUGCUAAGGUGAUUGAGCCUCACCUGAAAAGGAUCUGUGCACCUGCUGCCCUUUCAUCCUCUUCUGCUUCCGCUGUGAGUGAAGAUGUAAAAAUUGUAAGAACAGUUGAAAAUUUCCAUUCUUUGGUUCACAUGCUGCUAACAGACCCAGCCAAGAGAGGAGAGUUCUUCAGGGAGGAGUUUUCUGUGCAUUUUGGUCCAGAGUUUGACCAGGACCUGGAGAAGCUGCUGUGGGAGUUUCUGAUUCGACUAGACCAGUUUCUCCCAGUUCCCAACCUCGCUCAGACUGUGUCGUGGCUCAGUAAUGCCCCCCCUGUCCUGGAGGAGUGUGCGCAGGCAGCCACCCAACCCCAGCUUCUGAAGAUUUUGCUUCAGCACCAAGCCUGUCUGGGUCAUCUUGAGUCAGCAGCAUCUGUCCCUCCAAACCUGGGAGACUCCAUCCUGGCUUCACUCUCUCUGCCACCAUCUGGAAGAGUACCUUCAAAUCAUCCAACAUCAUCUUCUACGGGCCAGUCUGAUGGCACACAGACACGAGACGAGACACUGUUUAUUACACCUGUUAUUGGACUAAUAUCUAAUGAAGAAGUACCAAUUAUGUUUUCUGCCAGUAAGAGGACACCACGAGGAGAUGAGCCAGCCUGCUCAAAAGAUGCAACAAACAAGCUCUUGGACCCAAAAAAGAACUUGAAAUUCACUGUGGUUAAACAGAGACAAGAAGCCAAAGAUGAUGGAGUGAGAGAUGGUGAAGAACAGCCAGAGAAGGAGAGGGACACCUCAGAAAGCAGCAGCAGAGUGAAACGUAAACAGCCUUACAAAAGUGGAUCUGAUGAGGAGGAAGAAGUGUUAGCCAUGACCACACCUGGAAAAAAAAGGUUAAGCAGGUCCAUGCAGGAUAGAGGUGACCAAGGAACAAACGAGGGCAAAGAAGACAGAGGAAAAACCGUGAGAAACUCAGACCUGGCAAACCAUCUGAUCCAGCUGGGAGUCAGAUCGCUCCACCUGCCUCAAAACCCAGCCCUCUGCUCUAUUUUCUUGUCUUGUCUAUGCAACCAACCCAGAGUUGUUAUCAACAAAUUGUCAGUAGCCUCUGUUAGCACUAGCAGGACUGGUGGAGGAGAAAUGUCCUUACACGAGGAACAGCAGAAUCAGAGGAAGAAGUCGCUGGACGAAACUCCAACGCGCAAAAGCACAAGCAGCCAGCCUCGAAAGCUUGACUCAGAAUUUCCUGGCUUGGCUGAUAAAGAAAAUCAUCUUUUAUCAGUGGGUUUAAGCAGCACUCCUUCUUGGCAGCGGAGCAACACAGAGACACUGACUCCUCCAGGUGAUGGUGAGGACUAUGUAGCCGAUUCUGAGGAUGAGGGAACAAAGAACUUCAAAGGCAGGCUGUUUAUGAAGCGCUACUACAAGACCAAACAUGGCACAUACGUUCCCACUCUGAGGGAGUUCUGGAAGCCUGGGAUGGCACGGCGGGACUCGUCUACUGGCAGUAGACGCAGAUGAUGUAAAAGAUCGUUACUGCCAAGUUUGUUAAAUGCCAAACACCUCUGGCUAAGCUGGUUUUGUCCACCGGCUACACUGAUUGAUAAGCUACUGUGGCAGGUGGAGAAUUAUUAUUAAUCUUACUCUUGAUUUAUGAUUUUGUUAUAGCUGAACCAGACUGAGUUUAACAUGGGUUUAUCAUGGAAAACAAGCCCUGGAAUAGCAUAUUAUGGGCACUGUCGUGCAAAUAUACAUUGUUACUGCAUAGUGUGCUAUAUUUUAUGUUUGUAAAUAUUUCAAAACUGGCAUUUAACAUGCUCAGUUAAUAAAGUUUUUUUUCUUCAUGUUGCAGUAAUGUUUUGUAUGACUUUGUAUUAUUUUGCAUUUUGUUAACCCAGUUACAUGAGUGGCUCGCAAUGGUGAACUGCCCAUUUGAUACCCACAUGGUAAAAAAAUAAACAUAACAGCAGUGUGUCUGGCAGCAUCAUCUGUUUCAGUUUAUAAUCCAUACGACUGUCAACUUAAACAUUCAUUAUCUGAUGUGUGAAGCUGUGUAAAAUGACAAUUAGAAAAUUUCGCAUUAGCAAUUAAAUGUAAGAUCACCAAAUCCUGGUUGAUCUUAGGUAUACUUCACUUUUUUUUUUUUUUUAAACAUUUUGCUAAAUUACUGUGCCGUUC